GGGCCAGGAGCUGCUGCCGCUUGCGGGGCGCGGCCAGCGCUGGUGCCUGGGCAUUGUUGCGGAGCUGGGCCGGCCCUGCCCUGGGCCGAGGCGCGGGGACAGAAGCCCUCCACAGCUUCCCCCGCCCGCGAGGCCUCCCGAGGAGCGCUGGGCGGAGCCUGGUUGCGCUGCCGCUGCCGGCCUGACAGCUCUUGCCUCCUACUUCACGUCCCGUCACUGCUUCCUUUCCUUGCCCCCCUCUCACAGACACCGGUGCUGCUCGGGGUAGGACUGCCGGCCCUCAGUUGCAGCUAAAGGGCAGAACCAAAACGUCCUGUUAUUUGACACAAUGGAUGAACAGUCACAAGGCAUGCAGGGGCCUCCUGUUCCACAGUUUCAGCCACAGAAAUCUUUACGACCUGACAUGGGCUACAAUACACUAGCCAACUACCGAAUAGAAAAGAAGAUUGGCCGAGGACAGUUUAGUGAAGUUUAUAGAGCAACUUGGCUCCUGGAUGGGGUACCAGUCGCAUUGAAAAAGGUGCAGAUUUUUGAUUUAAUGGAUGCCAAAGCCCGUGCUGACUGCAUCAAAGAAAUAGAUCUUCUUAAGCAACUGAAUCAUCCAAAUGUGAUCAAAUAUUAUGCCUCAUUCAUUGAAGACAAUGAACUGAACAUAGUAUUGGAAUUAGCAGAUGCUGGAGACCUCUCUAGAAUGAUAAAGCAUUUUAAGAAACAGAAGAGGUUGAUUCCUGAAAGGACAGUUUGGAAGUACUUUGUUCAGCUUUGCAGUGCACUGGAACACAUGCAUUCUCGUCGUGUCAUGCAUAGAGACAUAAAGCCAGCUAAUGUUUUCAUUACGGCAACAGGGGUAGUAAAGCUUGGAGACCUUGGUCUUGGACGAUUUUUCAGUUCUAAAACCACAGCUGCACAUUCUUUAGUUGACAGCUGUGAUGAUCCCAUAUUCAGGCCAAUGCUAAAAGUGGGUACACCUUAUUACAUGUCUCCUGAGAGAAUACAUGAAAAUGGAUACAACUUCAAAUCUGACAUCUGGUCUCUAGGCUGUCUGCUGUAUGAGAUGGCUGCUCUGCAGAGUCCCUUUUAUGGUGACAAAAUGAACUUGUACUCCUUGUGCAAGAAAAUAGAACAGUGUGACUAUCCACCUCUCCCUUCAGAUCACUAUUCAGAGGAAAAAUUCAGCUACACACCUGCAGUGGCCCAAGACAGAAGCCGGGGGGUGAUAGAAAAUGCCUCCCUCAUCAGCUGGAGCAGACAGCUUGGGCCAAGGCUAGUCCACCCACCCUGCAAGGGGGGGCUUGCAGGAGAGCUGCGACAAUUAGUUAAUAUGUGCAUCAACCCAGAUCCCGAGAAGCGACCAGACAUAACCUACGUCUAUGAUGUAGCAAAACGUAUGCAUGCACACACUGCGAGUAGCUAAACAGAGAACAGAUUAUGAAGAAAUGAACGCAAAAUGUUCAAGGAUUUUAAGCAGAUUUUUUUGCCUGUUACAUAAAUGUGAUUAUUCAGAGCUGACUGACAUGCAAUGAUUUGUAAAUCAAUUUAGACCCAAACUUAAUCAAUUUGCAAUUUUGAAAAGUAGAUUUCAAUGUAAAAAAUGGAAUGGAUUUAAAACAAAGCUUAACAUACCAAAUAGUAGUUCCUAACAUUUUUAAAGGUGAAAUGAUUUUAGUGUAUUUUUCUCUUUAAAAAAUUGUAUUUUGUUGGGAUUUCAAAAUUCUAAAUAAUCCUUAAGUUGCAAUUUUGCACAAUACUGAUAUUAAGCAUGUUACAUCAAAGCAAAAUAUCUGACACUUUCUCACCUUUUCAAUAACUUACAGAGGUGAAGAAUAAGCAUAAUUCAGUAAAUUUAUUUUAAUAUUUUUAUUUCUACAGAAACACUUUGAAGUUUAUUGUAUUUUAUAAUGUGGGUUGCAAUUUGCAGUUCUGUUUUUCAAGGUCAAUGUAGACAAAAAUCCUCAUUAUCUGUAUGGUUUAAAUGCAACUUUUAAUUUAGGGAAAAAGUUUGAGGGAAGUUGUCAGUCAGACACUGAGAAAUCUUUGUAUCUUGUCCUUUCCCCCUUGAGUUACAGUAGCAUAAAUCAACCCAGAGUGUUUGCUUUGAACAUUGGUGUGGCUGAUUUGAAGUCCUGCAUCCUGAAAUCUGAUCUCUAUGAGUAGAUGCACCUAUGCAGUAGUUUGCAAAGCUGAUUAGGCCUGCAUAGUCAGAGCCUAAGACUUAUGCAAACCUCUAUUGUUUUUUUUCCCUGUGCAAACAUGUGUCUCUGUCAUAGCAGAUCAGACUGAAAGAUAAGGGCUUUAAGUUACAAAUCCCCAGGUAUUUAUGUUUGUUUCUGUUGUAGAUUUUGUUUUUUAUAAAUCCUUUGGAUCACCUGACAGUAAUAUAUUUUAAAUUUCCUUUAAAAUACAUUUUUAAUUCAGAAACCUGUUGGCAAAACUAUAAUUGUAUCCUGUAAUACAAAUGUAUGCUUCAUUAAAUACAUGAUUUUUAUAUACUGUAUUUACCUGGUGCUGCUUCAUCUGUACAAUCUAUAUAUUUGCAGAUUAUAUUUGAAAAUAUCUUACCAGUAUUUUCAGUUUAAAAGCAUGUGCACAGUAUGUUGGUUAAACUCUAGUAUCAGUCACUGUCUAUACAUGAAUGACUUAUUUUAUUGGCAAGUUAAAGGAAAUAAACACAGUACUUUUAUAUAAAAAAUGUUCAGGGAAGUUGAGAUCUGAUUCCUCUGAAUUUGAGAUCAUAUUUUUGGCAAACAUACCAAGCUAUCAAAAUGAAUCAUUGCUGUAAGUUUGACACAGAAAAUUGUAUUGAUAUCAGUUAUGUUUUCGAGUUUUGAAGUCAAUUAAAUUUUUAUUAUAUAAAAAUAUUAGGGAAAAGUAAACUUGUAGUACUCAUGUGUAAAUAUUGGUCUGUAUACAUUCAAUUCACUAUGCAUUCAACAUUUGCAUCUUUGUUUCUCCAUAUUUCCUGUAAUAAAGUUUUCAUGGUCAGUAUGUGGCAUAAUGAACACAGUG